CCACGUGCUCUGCAGAGACAUUCCCCACGAUGGUUUCCGCCACUCAUCACCCAAUGAUUCCAUUACCCAGCUCUCCAUCGUGACCAACACAAUGGCGUCGUCACAGCCAAUUAAAACGCGCCAUGUCCCACACUCACAGUCACCGGCGGGAGAGUGACAAAGCUUGCAAAACACGAUUCUCUCAUUUCAUUUCUCAUUUUUCUCACUACAAAGCCACACUCACUCUCCUUCUUUUCGCUCUUUCUCCCAUUCUCCUAAAAUCCUCCAAAAACCCUAAGACUCUCCCAUUCUCAGUUUCUCACUCUUAUGAUUAAUGGAAGACCGCGCGCAUGCUGCACUUCCUCCCGGUUACCGGUUCUACCCUUCCGAAGAGGUUCUCGUCGGUUAUUACUUAACCAAGAAGAACGAGAACCGGGAGGAGGGUUUCUACGGUUCUGAUUUGAUCAGAGAACUUGACCUCUACGAUCACGACCCCUUCGAAUUACCGGACGCUGCGUGCUUUUCGUACGGUUACAAAGGGAGGAAGAAGCAUUGGUUUUGUUACGCUAAAGAGACGAAACGCAGAAACAGAAAAAGAAAGGUGAAAAGCGGGUUCUGGCUCCGAAAGGGAAGGGUUCGGGAUAUUUGCGACAACCGCGACGACGUCGUUUUGGCCACGAUGACGCGUUUCGUCUUCUACGUCGGCAAUUCCCUGAAAAACGCUGCCAGAACCGAUUGGAUUUUGUACGAAUAUGCAUUAGUUGACCGCGUUCUGGCUUCAUUCGUGCUUUGCCGUGUGGUGAGUAAGCCUCCUCAUCAGAAUAGUCCGUCGGAGAUUGGUCUGAGUUGUUGUGCUGAGGAGAGCGUUGGGGUGGCGGUGCGUCAGGUUGGUGUUCAGUGUGAUGGAUGUGCCGAAAGUGAUGUUGUUGAAGCUAAGGUGUGCGAUGAUGGCUUUGUUAAUAGAGAGAAUGAGAUUGCUGAGAAUCCAAUUAGGUGUGGUGGUGAGCAUGGUGAUCCAGCUGCACCUGUUUCAGUUGCUCCUGGAAGUCAGCCGGAAAGGCUUUCUGGACUUCCCAGUGGCAGUGCAUUGUUUGUAGAAGCUAUGACAUCUCAGCAACUUAUGCUUUCCAUUCAAGAGGAGGAUUUCAUAGAAUUGAAUGAUAUUGCAUGAAUUGAUUGGCUUUAAGAGAUAAUGUGAAUUCUAAUACUGCUCUGAGGAAUAUUUAUCACCUGAAACAAUUGUAUUCAGAAUGGAUUAUUGACCCAGCUAAUGGGGAGAAAGAUUUAUGAUAAUGAGUAGCUAUUAUUCUACUCAAAUGAAGAAACAUACUGUCGGAUGGGGUUGAGGCAAAUGUCAUGGAAUGGUCACUUCACAUGUUAAGGUAGUUACUAUAGAUCUUUGUAUGUUACUCUCUUGAGCCCUACUUGAGGAAAUAUUCAGCAGAUCUUCUUUGUUUUGGGAAUGCAGAUUUUCUCCUGUGCCUACUGCAGGGCAAUUGGCUCCAGAGGGAUAGAGUUAGAGUUAAAUAUUGGUAUUGGUAAUUGGAAUAUGCGAUUUACUCUAGUAUUCUAUGAGCAACUUCACCGUACUUCAUGCUUUCAUUGUUCCCUUGAUCGACCUAUUCAUGUUUAAAUUUUAUUAGCAUUUGUGGGACCAUCAGAAUUUCCUCUCUCCACUAUAGUAGCAAGACCUAUUCGUUACUGUUUGUGCUACUUUCAUUUUCCAAUCUUGUUCAGGAGGCAAAUCAGAUGAAUUCCAAAUUGUAAGUGUUACAACAUAAUGAGAGUUUAUGAAUUGACUUAACCUUCUUUGUACUUUUGAGGUUAAGCUGACUAAUUUUAUGUUCUUCAUGGUAUUUUUGUUUGGAUAAAUCUCUCCAUAAAUACUUAUGAGAGAAGAAAAUAAAAGAAAAAAUGAAAUAAGCUUCUCCAUAAACUAAAACUAGUUCAUAAACUAAAACUAGUUUAUGCAUAGGUUAAAAAUUAGCUUUUGGAGAAGUAAUAUGAGAAAGCUUCUACUCAUUAGCUUAUGGAGAAGCUUUUUCUUUUUAAUUUUCUUCUCCUAUUAGUGCUUAUAGAAAAGCUUAUCCAAACAAGGUCCACUAUAUAUUCUGCAAUCUGGUACCGUGCCAUAUAUAUGGAUGGUGGUUUUGGACAUUUGGAUUUGUGUAGUUGUUGUUAAUAACAAUGAUGCUUAUGCCUUUGGGCAUGGGUUUGGACUAGUUGUAUCAAACUAUGUUUGUGUAUUGGUAUUUUGGGGGAGGAUUUCCACUUGCUUA